UUCCCCCCGACCGACACCCUGGAUAGACUCGCGGCCCGCCGUAAUGGGACACUCUGGAGGGGGAGAAGGACGGGACCGCGUAUAAGUACCGUCGCGAUCCCCUCCCGUGGACCCAAAAGCAACUCGAACACGGUAGCGAACGCACAGCGGACACUUUCCCCGUUCAGAGACGUAGCGCACAGUGAGCGCAGUGACAGCGCCAACGACGGUACAGACGCUCGGAGAACUCGGUGCUUUGGAACGUCUACGGAGACAUAUAUUCGAUAUAGAGAUUCGAGCCGGAAUACUCUUAAUUCGCGAACAAGUGAGAAGUGAGACGCGAGACGGCACAGCUCGUUCCUCAGAAAUUAUGGCGCCGCAUACCAGUUACAGCCCGGUCGGAGGCGUCGAGUACGAGGAGCCCGUGUCCAGGACUUAUCAGUACAGGAAGGUGAUGAAGCCUAUGCUGGAACGCAAACGCAGAGCGAGGAUCAACCGGUGCCUGGACGAGCUCAAGGACCUCAUGGUGACCGCCCUCCAGGCCGAAGGCGAGAACGUGGCCAAACUGGAGAAGGCCGACAUCCUAGAGCUCACCGUUCGUCAUCUGCACACACUCAGAGCAGCCAGGAGGCUCACGUUGACUCCGGAGAACAGCUACGCGGAUAGGUUCAGGGAUGGAUUCACUCAGUGCGCGCAGGAGGUGUCCUCGUUCCUCUCCACACCUGUGGCCGCCAAUGUCCACCCCGCUGCCGGGGCUCAGCUGAUGAGACAUCUCGGAGGAUGCCUCAGAAGGCUAGAAGGACCAUCCUCGGAGUCCUUCGGGAACUCCGUCGAUGCCUUCGGAGACGUCGCGUCCGUGGACUCGACACCUGCCAGCCCGAACAAGGUCAAAGUACCUGGGAACGUUUACACGCCGCCGCAGAGUCCUGUCAGCGUGGCCAGCUCCUUCGGCGAGUCCUUGGACAUGGCCAGCCCUGUUUGGAGACCUUGGUGAUGGAGACCUUGACGGACGAUCGCGGUGUUCCGUGAGACCUCGGCGAACACUCGAGGAAUUUUCAGAGGCCUCGGGAACCGAUCGAUCAGUUUGAAAGUUCGCGUCGAACGCGACGGUUCUGGCUUCGUCGGUGCGACAGCCGCGAAUCUUUAAGAACGUUCGAGUUUGAACUUGUUUCGUCUGUACUGUUUAAUUAAGAAGCUCUUCCGAUAGCGAUCGAAGCUAUAAAUCGAUGUCUUCCGUGGGUUUAAGUUGUUCAACUUUUGUCGAGGUAUCUCGAACUAUGAAUUGCGUAAUGUCAAUUGUAUGUUGAUAGGUCGCGUUUAGAAUUAGAGUUUCUCUUUUUCUGUGUUUCUGUUGUACAUAGGUGACCGAAGCUUUAAGUGAUGUCUGUGAUAGGGUUCGAUUUUGUACCUGAUAUAAUUAUUUCCUCCGCGAGAUAGAAGGAUUAUUAUUAUAUAGAUUAUGAAUUGUUAUGUUUAAGAAACGAUACGACGGUAUAUUAUUUUUUCUUUUUUUUUGUGUUUAGACCGAUCGCGACACGAAACAUUAAUAAAUGAAUUAUUUUAAUCCCAGCCAGUGAGUUCUUGUUUAUUUAUUUCAACCUGAGUCUACAUUUCUCCAUGAGGAUGAUCGUGCAUUAUCGAUCGAACGUUAUAUUAUUCAUUACAUUAUUCAUUACAUUAUUCAUUUUAUUAUUCAUUUUAUUAUUCAUUACAUUAUUCAUUUUAUUAUUCAUUACAUUAUUCAUUUUAUUAUUCAUUACAUUAUUCAUUUUAUUAUUCAU